ACGAGAUGGCCGUCCUGGCAGCGCUCCUGCUAUCGGUCCUCGGUGCAAUAUUGAGCACGGCGCAACAGUCCGGCUACGGUCAAUGCGGUGGUAUAGGAUGGACCGGCGCUACUACCUGCAUCAGCGGUUGGACGUGCACUGAACUGAACUCAUACUACUCCCAAUGUCUGCCCGGCGCGAGUUCAUCGAGCGCUUCGUCUAGCACCAUCACGUCCUCGAGCCACUCGUCGACGUCUGCAUCCACGACCUCGAGUAGCGCGACCAGUACCGCGAGCGGAUCCGCGUUCCCGACACCUGUGAACAUGUCCCCCGAAUGGCAAGCUGCAUACACCAAGGCGCAAGCGGCGGUCGCAAAAUUGUCGCUCAGCGACAAGGUGAACAUCGUGACCGGCGUUGGUUGGGAGAAUGGCCCUUGCGUGGGAAACACGUACGAAGUCAGUUCGAUCGGCUACCCGUCUCUUUGCCUGGAAGAUGGGCCGGUGGGUGCACGUUAUGCUGACAAGGUGUCGGCGUUUGGCGCAGAAAUCAACGUUGCUGCCACGUUUAACCGUACGUUGAUGAACCUCCGCGGUCAAGCCAUGGGAGCCGAGUUUCGGGGGAAAGGAAUACAUGUGCAACUUGGGCCUAUGAUGAACUUGAUGCGUGCCCCUGCGGCCGGUAGAAAUUGGGAAGGGUUCGGAGCCGACCCUUAUCUUUCAGGAGAGGGUGCAUUCGAGACCGUGACUGGAAUCCAGUCUCAAGGUGUCCAAGCUUGCGCUAAGCACUACAUCAACAACGAGCAAGAACACUUCAGAGAUUCGAGCUCCUCUAAUGUAGAUGACCGGUAUGAACACGAACUAUACAGUGUGCCAUUCCUCCGAGCUGUUCAAGCCAACGUCGCCGCCGUGAUGUGCAGUUACAAUCAAAUCAACGGCACGUAUUCUUGUGAGAACUCGGCAACUCUGAAUGGCCUACUCAAGGGAGAAUUUGGCUUCCCUGGAUAUGUCAUGUCCGACUGGUGGGCUACGCACUCGACGGUUCCCUCCGCAAAUGGAGGCUUAGAUGUGACAAUGCCCGGAGACGAAACGACCAACUCGGGUACUACGUAUUUCGGCCAGAAUCUCAUCAAUGCCGUGAACAGCGGCUCUGUCUCCCAAGCGCGGAUCACGGACAUGGCGACCCGAAUUCUUGCUGCGUGGUACUUAGUCGGGCAAGACUCCGGGUAUCCCGCAGUCAACUUCAACGCAUGGAACGUCAACGCGAGUCCUGCUACCCACGUGAACGUGCAAGCAGAUCAUGCCAACUUGAUACGUACCAUCGCCGCCGCGUCUACUGUUCUGUUGAAGAACACCAAUCAUGUCCUGCCUCUCAACAAGCCGAAGAGCAUUGCGCUGAUUGGCAGCGCAGCGGGACCAAACCCUAACGGACCGAACGGAUGCACCGACCGCUCCUGCGACUCCGGCGUGCUUGCUAUGGGAUGGGGAAGCGGGACGGACGAUUUUCCUUAUUUGACAACCCCUGUCGAUGCGAUCACUAACCGCUCCAGCGCAGAUGGCACAACCAUCUCCUCGUCCCUCUCUGAUACCGAUUUGAGCGCCGCCGCAUCCACCGCAUCAGGGAAGGACGUCGCAUUCGUUUUCAUUACUGCCGACAGUGGUGAAGGAUACUUGACCGUAGAAGGCAACGCGGGAGACAGGAACGAUCUCUCAGCCUGGCAUAGCGGCGACGCGCUAGUACAGAAAGUGGCCAGCGUGAACAAAAACACCAUCGUUGUUGUGCAAAGCGUCGGCCCCAUCACGAUGGAGGCAUGGAUCACUAACGCGAACGUCACCGCUGUUGUAUGGAGUGGGCUCGCUGGUCAGGAAGCCGGCGAUUCCCUCGUUGACAUCCUUUACGGCGCCUACAACCCGAGUGGCCGGUUGCCGUACACCAUCGGGAAGAGCAUCACCGAUUAUCCGGCUCAAAUCUUGUACACCUCGAGCCAAUCAAUCCCGGCAAUCCCGUACACGGAAGGCCUGAACAUCGACUAUAGGCACUUCGAUUCUGCUGGGAUCGCGCCACGAUUUGAGUUCGGCUUCGGACUGUCGUACACCACGUUCGAUUACUCUGCCUUGACCGUGACUGGAUCUCCUGCCGGAGGUACCCCGGUCUCCGGACCAGGCUCCGCCCUCAAUCCAUCGCUGCACGAAGACGUCGUGUCAGUCAGUUUCACUCUGGCGAACAACGGAACACUCGCCGGACAUGAGGUUCCACAGCUCUAUGUCACAUUCCCUGCGUCUGCCAACGAGCCGCCGCAAGUGCUUCGUGGAUUUGACAGCAUCUACUUAGCUGCAGGCAGCUCUACCACGGUGACCUUCCAGCUGUCGCGAUUCGACCUGUCCAUCUGGAACGUCGAGACACAACGCUGGGAGGUUCCGUCUGGAUCCUUUGGUGUUGCGGUGGGAGCGAGCAGUCGAGACCACAGGCUUACGGGUUCCAUUGCCAAUUGAACCUGCAUGGGGCGGGGGGUUGCAAAAGUCGUCGUAUCUGAUAAAUGUGAAAUGCUCCAGCGAACUCGAACUAGUAAGUAGGAUCCAUAUAUGAUGAUCGUAAUUCAAGAUUCGCCCUCUGGCUGCUCCUCGGGGCUGGCCGCCCUCGACUUCAAAUCAUGUUCUCGGCGUGUUUGUCACUUCAAGUUAUCCAUAUUC